AUGGCAUCCCCCUUGCCCAUCCCUCGAGUAGCACUCAUUCAGAUCCCCAUCCAAACGGAAACAACACCCACGCUCCAACUGCGAAAGGCAACAGAGCUCAUCAUAAGGGCAGCACGAGAGAAUGCAGACCUUGCCGUACUCCCAGAAAUGUUCCUAGGCUGGACCCCAACAACUCCGAAAGCCAAAGAUGAAUAUGCAACGCAAUGCGCAGAAGCAAUUUCUCAUUUCCAAGCCCUAGCAGAGGAACACUCGAUCAACAUAAUUCCCGGAAGCAUUUGUGAAGCCGAGAAAUCGGGCCAUGGCAAAACCUCGUACUACAACACCACUUACUACAUCUCCCGCGCCGGCGCCAUCCUCCUCUCCUACCGUAAGGUUAACCUCUGGGUUGACGAGCGCCUUGCCUUCUCCAAGGGAGACGUCCAUCGCGUCAUCGACACCCCCGAAUUCGGCAAACUCGGCCUGCUGAUCUGCUGGGACCUUGCCUUCCCCGAAGCAUUUCGGAUGCUCAUCAAGCAAGGAGCUCGCAUGAUUGUAAUUCCCACGCAAUGGCGAUCCAGUGAUUGCGGCCCGGCGGGUCUGAAGCAUAAUCCGCUGAGUGAGACGACGUUUAUCGAUUCGGUUAUCUGUGCGAGGGCGUUUGAGAAUAAUGCCUGUGUUGUGUUUUGUAAUGUAGGUGGGCCGGAGACGGAGGGCAAUUUUGGUGGUAGCCAGGUGACGCUACCAUUUAAGGGCGCGAUUGCAAAGCUGGGGCCUGAAGAGGAGAUGAGGGUUGUGGAGAUUGAGUUUGGGGGCAUUUUGGGGGACGCUGAGGAAGUAUGGGGUAUCAGGGGCGAUGUGGCUUCUGAGGGCUGGUAUGAUGCGAAACGUAGCUAG